AUUUUUGCUUUACCUCCUCUCACUUUUAUGUUAUUAUGGUUUUAAAUUUAGAUACCGACGGGAACAUAGUAUAAUUGUCAAGUUAAAUCAAUAUUGUAUCUUUGCCAUGCCUUGUGUCUCUAUGGUAACGAUACAAUUGUUUAAAAAUGGAAAUCGAACCGAACUACACGUUUGUGCCUCUUGUACAAAAGAAUUAUUUGGGAAUUAACGAUAAAGCUAUACAACAACAUCUUGCUAAAUGGGGAAUAAAGGGCAAUUUUGUUAUACAAAAUUUUUCAUUCAAUGAACCUUUUCAACAGUAUCACAAAUAUCAUUUAGCCGAAGCUUUCUUUAAAGAUGCUACUGUUUCAAAGGUAUUAUUAACAAAACAAGGGAAUGGUUGGAUAAAGCAAGGUAUAAUAGCGACAACAGUAGAAAUAAAACCUGUGCCGUGUUCUGUUUUAAAUAUGUCAUUUUUCAAUAAACUAAAAGAUUUCGAAAACGGAGUUAUACACAAGUCUGGGACCAUUUGCAAAAGAUAUGAUAUGGAAAUAGAUGGUUUUCUAAUUUCGGAUAAUCUUAGAGGAAUGUUAUUGGAUGAAGAUUGUCCACAAUAUAAUUUAUAUUUCAAAGAUGAGAAAGAAGAAUUUAUAUUUCGUAUUUUUCAAUUGCUUAUUCUUGGAGGGGUAUUAUGUCAAUAUGAAGAUGUUUUAGAUCCAUACCUAGAAGUUACAAAAUCUAUUUAUAAAGAUUUAAUCAGGGUACAAAAAGACAAAGACUCAGAUUUGUCAAUUAGUACCUUAGUUUUGGAAAUAAUAGCCAAAGAUAAUAGAGGACAAGCAUAUUUUCCGUAUGAUCCAUUUCAUACACAAAAUGUUGGAUUCUUACUAGUAGAUAGUGUUACUCGCGAAAUUACAACAUUCUUACAUCAAUUUGGAGAAUAUUGUAUUUCCGAGUGAAUGCUGUAUAAUAAAAUAUAUAUAUUCCAAUAAAAUAAUAUUUAUUAUAUAAACAUUGUUUUACCACAAUGAUGGAUUUAUUACAUGAUAUUAUGCAUUAUUUACACCAUACAUUUGUUAUAUACUUUACAUUCACGAACUUUCAAAAAAUAUAAUAAUAACUGAGGAUGUUUGAUUUUAAUUGGUUAAAGGUGUUUGCAUUACUCUAUAUUUCAUAUACGUCUUAUCUAUCAAAUAACUAAUAGUAGUUUGGCAUUCCGUAAUGAUUAUUUGGCACAGUAUAGUAUACAUAAAUGAUUUAGGUCUAUUGUCGUGUGUAGUAUCUUCCUACCGCAUUAAACGUAUAGCUAUUACUGUAGAUACUUAGAGUUAAAAUGAAAAAUUGGCAUCUUUUAUCAAGAUUAGAACUAUUAUACGUAUAAAUGUUAUACGCAAAACAAAAUUAUAAAAUAAUUACUAUAUUCCUUCGUACUAUUUACUAACUGAAUAGAAUUCUACGGUAUAUUUUUAAAGACUAGAAAUAAAAAUAAAGUGUAAAUAUAAAGAACAAAACAUAGUGUUAAUCACAGCACCCUUUGUUGUGAAAGUUAAUUUGUUAAAUCUAACGGUCAUAUGUUAUCUGUGUAUUAUUUUUAAUCGUUAAAA